CUGGUGUGCAUGACGCAAGCGCCGCCGAUGCACCGCUACUCGCUCCCGUCCUCGGGCCACCGCUUGGAUCGGACCCGCGUCGACAUCAUGCGCGCAGCCGUGCGCGUCACGGACGACGAGUCCAAGCCAUGCCGCGCCAACACGUUCUUUGUCAUGAAGGUCUACGACGGCUCCGACUACCAUAUUAUCGAGCAGAGCUGGUCGGCCUUUCGCGAACUCAAGACCAACUUGCUCUUGGCGCUCGCCAAAGGCCACAAAUGCGGGAACGGACCGCUCUGCGCCCAGCUCCAUGGGCACCUCAAGCACAACUUUGACCGGCCAAAGAGCGCGAAUCUGCGCAUGUGGCUCCAGCUGCGUCUGCGCCCGCACAAGGAGGUGGCGACAGCACUCUUUUUACAGCACUUUCAAGACCUUUUGGACACGCUUCUCGUCGUGCUGCGUCAGGACACGAACGACUGCGCUGCCUUUGCAGCUCUGCGCGCGGUGUUUGCGCGCUUCAUUGCGGUACGACCGCCCACGGUGCUCGAGGCCGCGCGUUGCUCGAUAGCGUCGAGUGUGCUGCAUCCGAUGUGUGCCUGAACGUUUGAUUAAUUCAACUUGAUUUAUUG